AUGGUCAGUCCGCCGAAGCGCAAGAGGCCGGUCAUCAAAUAUGCAAGCGAGGAUGAAGACGGAGAGGAUGAGGCCAACGACGCCAAGCUAGCUGAUGCGGACAGCGAUGACUAUGAGCCGGAACCCUCGACGACGAUUCGAUCGAAGCCUGGCAAGGCCGCUACCCUUGCCAGGUCGACACCACGCGCGGCAAAGAAGCGCAUACAGGACGACGAAGAUUCGAGCGAUGAUUUGAUGGAAACAGACAAGCCCGCUGUCAAGUCAAAGACGACGACACCGCGCGCGAGCACGAGCAAAGCAGCAUCAAAAGCAUCCGCUAGCAAGCCAUCGGCUGGCAAAAGUGUCAAGACAGAGACAAUCACUGUCUUGUCCAGCGAUGAUGAUGAUGAUGACCAUAAGCCUGGGCCUGUAGCCGAGAAGCCAAAGAAAGCAACGCCUGCGAAAGCAAAGAAGCCUGCCCAAGACAAAGAGGAGAAAGUCAAGAAGCCUCUGCAAGCCAAACCAUUGCCGAAGCCGAAGGUGGCGGCUGGACUGGAAUCAAAAGAUGUCCUGCCGGACCCAAACUACAAGCCGAAUCCAGACGCGUGGAAACAAGGCCCGAAGAUAUCUGCUCCUCUCGACCCGGAUCCAGACUUUGUCAUGCCUCAAGGCAAGGAAGGAUGUCUGACAGGAAAGACCAUCGUCUUCACUGGCGAGCUUGCCAACCUGUCUCGAGAUCAAGCAUCGGAUCUCGUCAAACGCUACGGUGGCAGAGUCACUUCGGGCGCUUCGAGCAAGACGUCGUAUGUCGUUGUAGGACAUGAGCCCGGGCAGAGUAAGAUCAGACAAUGCGCAAAGCUCAACAUUACCCAGAUCAAUGAAGCCGAGUUCUAUGCGCUCAUCAGAACCGAGAAAGCUCAGAUUGAUGACAAACUAAAGAAGAAGCUGGCCGAGGAAGAAGCAAAAAUUAUUGCGACCGCCAAAGCGUUUGAUAGGGCACCAAAGGCUCCCGUCGUGGCUGCCGCUACCGACAAGGGCAAGGGCAAGGCUGCGGAUGCUAAUUCCGCGGCUGCUCAGUUAUGGACAGUCAAGUAUGCGCCCAAGCAGAUCAAGGAUAUCUGCGGAAACAAGGGCAAUGUUGAAAAGCUGAAGACCUGGCUGGAGACCUUCGAUACGAAUCGCAAGUCGGGAUUCAAGAAACCGGGCAAAGAUGGCAUGGGCGUUUCGCGAGCUGUCAUGAUUUCUGGACCGCCGGGGAUAGGAAAGACAACAGCUGCGCACGUUGUGGCAAAUGCCUGCGGCUACAAUGUUGUCGAACUCAACGCAAGCGACACCCGCAGCAAGAAGCUUCUCCAGACUGCUUUCAAAUCCACGAUAACGAAUACCAGCCUUGACGGCUACUUUGGCGAAGGCAGGCUCAACUUGAACGGCGAUGCAAUCACAGACAAGACGUGUCUAGUUCUAGACGAAGUAGACGGCAUGUCCGGUGGUGAUAGGGGAGGCGUUGGUGCUCUGAAUGACUUUAUCAAGAAGACGAAGAUCCCUAUCAUCUGCAUUGCCAAUGAUGCCAAAUCUCAGAAGAUGCGUCCUUUCCAAGCAACGUGCCACUCGCUACCCUUCAGGCGGCCAACUGCAGUAGAGCUGCGGUCUCGUAUGAUGUCCAUCUGCUACAAGGAGAAGCUGAAGGUGUCGGCCGAGGUCGUCGAACAGCUCGCCAGCGGCGCACAGUCUGACAUUCGGCAGAUCAUCAAUAUGCUCUCGACGUUCAAGCUCAGCGCAGAACAGAUGGACUUUGAUCAGAGCAAAGAUCUGGCAAACCGAUCUGUCAAGAACGCGCUACAGACGCCCUUUACUCUCAUGGACAAGCUCUUCGCGCCAGGAGCGUUUGGCACGAAGAGCAGUCCCAGUCUGUCGGAGAAGCAAGAGGCCUACUUUCAGGACUUCAAUGCGAUGCCGUUAUUCGUUCAGGAGAACUAUCUGAAGCACGAAUACACGAUCGCGCGGCGAUGCGACGAAGCCGAACGUCAACACAAAGCUGCCGAGCUGACUGCUCGUGCCGCCGAAGCCAUCUCGGACGGCGACUUGGUUGAUGCCAUGAUACACGGAUCGACGCAGCAAUGGUCACUCAUGCCAGUGCAUGGCAUGUUCUCCUGUGUUCGACCAGCAGCACUUUGCUACGGCAGUGGUGCAGCAUUCAAUGCAGACUCUUCAAGGAACGCAAGAAUGUUCCCAGGCUGGUUCGGUAGGAACUCGACGCAGGGCAAGCUGCAACGAUUGCUAGGCGAAGUGCAGAUCCGUAUGCGACUCAGCGUAUCUGGUGAUCGCAAAGAGAUCAGACAGGUCUACAUACCGACACUUUUACCUCGUCUCGUACAGCCUUUGAUCAAGGAUGGCCAGCAAGGUAUCCCGGAUGUCAUCCGGCUGAUGGACGAAUACUUCUUGACAAAAGAGGAAUGGGACACCGUGCUCGAGCUCGGUAUUGAUUCCAGCAAAGGCGACGGACUUCUCAAGGCCAUAGCAUCUAAGGAUAAAGCAGCGUUUACGCGGCAAUACAAUAAGCAAUCGCAUCCGAUUCCGUUUCACAAAGCAUCAGAAGUUGGCAAGCCGACCAAGAAGAUCGCAGCAGCCGACAAGCCAGAUAACGAAGAAGCAUUCGAGGAAGACCUUGAAGAGGACGAAGAGGAGAUCGUAGAAGAAGAUGACGAUGGUGACGUGACAAAGGAUAAGCUCAUCAAGCAGUCAAAGGCAAAGGUCACCAAGCGGAGAGCUGAUAGCAGGUCUGCGAGUCCAGCCCCGAAGAAGGCCAAAAUGAAGAAGUGA